AUGUAGAGCUUCAGUUUGCGGUGGUUAUCACAGCAGGAAGACGUGGUUUCGGUCUUUAGGAUAGCAAAAAAAAAGAAAAUGUUCUGGAAAGCAAUUCUUAUCACAACCCUCGCAAUUGGUGCACUCGCUGAGUUCCAAAUCAAUGAAACCCAGAGAAAUCAAAUGAAAGAAUAUAUCACAGCAUACUGCAAGAAGAAUGGAGCCGAAGACAAAGUAGACGAAGUAAUGACCUCAAUUACGAACUUCUCGGAAUGCGUGAUGGGUAUCUUCAAUGUUGAAACUUUGAAGACAGAGAUUGAGAAUGCUAAGCCCAAUGGUGCUCUUGAUGAAGUGUUCAAGAAGUACUGCGCUAAAUCUCCGCAGCUGAAGACUUGUAUCCACUCCAUGACGAGUGGAGUAGCCCCCUGUCUGGACAGCAACAUCCGCGACGAAAUAGGAUUCGCCGACAAUGCUACUGAUCGCCUGAUCGAUUUCGUAUGCAACAGAGACGGUGAAAUGAUCGCUUUGUUCAUCGCCAAAGGUGGACCUGAGUGCUUCCAAGAGAAAUUCAACGACAUUCGUGAGUGCGCGUCAAAAAUAAAGGACAUUAAGAACGUCGAUGAAGCCAAGAAACUCACUCUUAACGAGCAAUGCGCCAAGUACGAUGAGUUUUCAACGUGUGUUGUGAACGUGCUAGAAACAUGCUCCACACCAACGCCCGGCAACAUGGCAGAGUCACUAUUCCGAUUCUUACGCCGCAGCACUCCUUGUCCUAAGACCGACUGAUACACGCAACAUGAUCAUAGGUACUUGAAGAUGAUUUGGUUUUAGUGUCAUUUAUUAACUUUAUAUAUCGCAAAUAAAAGUUAAUUAUAUAUUAAA